AAUCAACCAGCAACAGUUGACAGCAGCAAAGAUCUCCAGAUCCGCCAGAGAAAUCAUGAGCAAGUUCAGCAUUUGCCUACUCCUCGUCGUCCUGGCCAUCGCCUUCAUCCAGGCUGAUGGCAAUCGGCGUCCUUGUGUGGGUCGCUGCACCGGACUGACCACCGAAAAGAGCGUGUGCAUCCGCAACAAGGCCACCAACGUGUGCACCCGCCUGCCGGCCUGUCGUCUGCGGGAGAAGAAUUGCCGCCGGCGCGACAGUGGACUGGAGCCCAUCCGGGAGACGUGCAUCACCCGCUGCCGCAACAUACCCGGCACCAGCGGCGUGGGCCAGUGCGCCACCAGGCUGCGUCCUCGUCCCCAGGUCGAUAGUAAGCGCAUCAAGGAGUGCCAGAGGAAGCCCUGCCUGGACGACAAGCUGGUCAGCUGCUGGAGGGACCAGCAGGGCGCCUGCAUCUUGCAGAGCCGCUGCGAGGCCCAGAGGAGGAACUGCGUCCGCAAUCCACUCAACCAGUGGGUGAGGGCCACCAAGUGGAGCUGCCAGGACAAUGUCGUGGGCGGUGGCAUCCGUCGCUGUCGCACCAGGCCCAUCAUCAUCAAGGACUAAAAGUGGCUCCACACGAGGAUCCCGACUUGAAUCCUGGCACUGACCAGCUUUUACAUACAAUUUUUUUUGCCCAACUUCUUCCAACUUUCUUGCCUAUGUUAGUCCCGUACAAAUAAAAUAAUUCAGUCACA